AUGAAUAAAGUUGAAGAGGUAAAAUACGUUAGAUUAAGAGUAGUAGGAGGAGAACCCGCAGGAGGAGCAUCUCUGGCACAGAAAGUAGGACCACUUGGAUUCAAUGCCAAGCAGGUGGGUGAGAACAUUGCCAAGCAGACCAAGGAGUACAUGGGAUACAAAAUUGGAGUACUCUUGACAAUCCAAGGGAGACAGAUGGACAUCACUGCAGAGCCAGGGACAUCCGCACUUAUUCUUAAGGAACUUAAGGAGCCCCCAAGAAACAGAAAGAAGGAGAAGAAUGUCCAGCAUAAUGGAUCCCUCUCCCUUGAUGCAGUAGUCCAAAUUGCCAAGAAGCAGAGAAGCAAGUCAUACGCUAGAACCCUUGCAGGAACAGUUAAGGAGAUACUUGGUACAUGCCUUUCAGUUGGUUGCUUAGUAGAUGGUGAGUCACCAAAGGAAAUAACCAGAAAGAUCCAGGAGGGGGAGAUAACAAUUGCAGAAGAAUAA